AUGCAGGACGACUUGGCUCCCAUUCCAUGGCACCCUCUCCUCAAGGCCGGUCGACAACUGUCGAGCUGGUUCUUCUCCAACCCGCCUCGCGCUCUACCCCUGCCUCACGCCAUGUGCCCCCCUGAGCAAUAUUCCGACAGCUCCCCCGACUACUCGCCAGAAGGGCCGGUUCCAAUGGAGCUCGACGGCGCACCCUCACCCACCUCCCAACUCCACAUCAACGCCCUUCCGGUCGAGUUGCUCUGCGAAAUCUUCGCUCUCUACACUCACGCAUUCAAUGACGGAAACCCAGUCGCGCCUGACGAGGAUACACGUACGCGCCGCCGUCGCAAACGCGACACGCCGAGACGCUUUGGACGCGUCAGUACUCACAAGAACUCGUCCACGAACCCCAUCCAGCUUGGCCAUGUCUGUGGGUAUUGGCGCACGUUGUCGCUGUCGAUGCCCAUAUUAUGGUCUACUAUCUACGUUUCGUCCCCAAAUCGUUCCGACAUACCAAUAUUCGCAACGUGGAUCGAGCGUUCAGGAAGCAGUCCCCUUCAUUUGAAGAUCGCGCACUCCGAAGGAAACUGUCCCGGUGAUGCUUUUUCCGAGAUAUUUCAUCUCGCCUUCAACCAGCAGCAUCGUUGGGCACACAUCGCGAUGUGCCUUGGCGCCGGUGCCGAGGACCCUCUUCGAGCCCUCCAAGAGGAGAGUUCAUUUCCUGCCUUCCCUGCGCUCAAGAGCGUCGACAUUCACCUCAAAGACUGGACCCCUGCGGGAACCUCGAGGCUCCAUGCUUGGCUUGGCACCGCGCCCAACCUACAGAAGGUUCUGUUGCGAAACCUCUGGAGCAUCAAUCAUAUGCUCUCCAGUUAUCCUUGGGAUCGCCUAGUCGACGUGGAGCUCGCCUAUCUCGACUCAACUCAACUGGGCGAUGUCCUGUCUACGUGUAGAAAUAUCUCCAGCUUGGCCAUCCACGAUAUCGUGGGUCCAUUGGAAUCCCUUUCAGAGCCCAUCACCUUCCCCCAACUUCAUCGCCUCAUGAUUGGCGGGGCAGGCGGGGCUGACAUAUCUGUGUUAUUGGACCAUCUCGAAUUGCCCUCCCUGAAAUGCCUCCAAUUGCCCAGGGGCUUUGGAUUUGAUUACCAACCGGAGCAGGCUUCCCAACGUCUCCUCCAGCUCCUUCACCGUUCCGAGUGCAAACUGGAAAGUCUCCUCAUCUCGCGCCUGGACGAGGAUUUUGUCACAGACCUCCUUGCAUCACAGCCUAUGAAUGGCCUCAAACAUCUUACAGUCCACUCCAAGACCUCUGGGAGUAUCCUCAAGGCUUUAUCCUCGCCCUCGAGGUUCUUGCCGGGACUGUCACACCUAGUGCUAACCAAUCUCGAUUCCCAUGAGGGGGAAUUGCUGGAAAUGGUUCAGUCGCGAGCUGCCAACCUCGCCGAUGCGAAGUUUCACCAUGUUGAGGUAGCUUUCAUCAAAUCUAGCCAUUCCGUCCCCUACGAGAUUCACUGGAGCCAAUGCUAUCCUUCAAAUAGUAGUGUAGUGUAG